UGCUUUUCCUCAGAGGAAUUACGAGGCGUUCUUUUCCCGCGGCUGCCUUUGCGGUCAAUUUUUAGGCCGUUUUCAGAUAUGAAAGUGCCUGGAAGCACUCGCUUCGUCGAGUCAGCCCGGUGACCCGGAGUUUCAACCGGUGAACAGAGCUAUUUUUUCACUGAUACAAACGGAGUGUGUGGAGCAGGAACGAUGUGAGAUUAAAAGUUGUUCCGAUACCCCUCGUUGUGCUGGAUAAGGAGCCAGCUCCCAUCCCGGCUGUCAGGCAUCCCUGGAUCACAGCGGGCUCACGCUCCCAGCCUGCCGCGAGGAAUCCUUGUGGGAACACUGUUGUCAGAGUUUCAGUGUUUCCUUGUGGAAAAGCGGCUGCGGUGUCCGGAGCAGCUCCGGACGACCGGGAGAUUUGACCUCCAUCGCUUUGAUGCCUAGAGAGGCUGACCUGGAGCAGAGACUAGACAGAGCAAAAAAAGAAUAAAAUAGGGCUCAGAGAUGGAUUCACCAGAAGGGGCCACAAUUAGAAGUGAGCAGAAAUUCAGAAAAUUCUUAAAAAGUCUCGUAAGAAAGCAGCCUCGGGACCUUCUCCUGGUGAUUGGGACUGGGGUGAGUGCUGCAGUAGCCCCAGGAAUCCCAGCACUCUGUUCCUGGAGAAGCUGCAUUGAGGCUGUCCUUGGAGCAGCUGAGCAGCUGGAGGUGCUGCACCCGGGGGAUGUUGCUGAAUUCCGUAAGAAAGUAAUCAAAGAGAGAGACCUGCUUGUGGUUGCACAUGAUCUCAUCAGGAAGAUGUCACCACGUACCGGAGACACGAAGCCCAACUUCUUCCAGGAUUGCUUAAUGGAGGUGUUUGAUAAUUUAGAACAACACAUUCAGAACCCUGUGGUUCUGCAAUCCAUCCUGAGGCUGAUGGAGAGAGGCACAAUGGUUCUGACUACAAACUAUGAUAAUUUGCUUGAAAUAUUUGGUCAGCAACAGGGUAAACCUAUGGAAUCUUUAGACCUUAAAGAUAAGGAUAAGGUUCUUCAGUGGGCAAGGGGCCAUGUAAAAUAUGGAGUUCUUCAUAUUCACGGCUUAUAUACAGAUCCCUGUGGAAUGGUGCUUGAUCCCUCGGGAUAUAAAGAUGUUACUCAAGAUCCUGAAGUCAUGGAGGUUCUUCAGAACUUGUACCGAAGCAAAUCUUUUUUGUUUUUGGGUUGUGGAGAGACUCUGCGUGACCAGAUAUUCCAAGCUCUUUUUCUUUACACAGUAAAGAACAAAGUGGAUCUAGAACAUUACAUGUUGGUGCUUAAAGAAAAUGAAGACCACUUUUUUAAGCUGCAGGCAGAUAUGCUGCUGCAUGGAAUAAAAGUGGUGUCCUAUGGGGACUGCUUCCAACAAUUCCCAGAGUAUGUCCAGGAUCUGACUGCUCAAAUCUGCAAACAGAGAAGUCCAGAUGCUGAUCGGGUGGACAGCACAACGCUGUUGGGAACUUCAUGUGUGGACUGUGCUAAAAGGAAGUUAGGAGAAAGCAGCACUGAUUCUCCUAAGAGGGUCAAGCAGCCAGAUAAUGAUAUACCCAGUCUUGAAUGAAAAAGCCCCAAGCGCACAAGGCCCACCCCAGAAGCUUUUUUACAGCAGGUGUUUUACAUCUGCUGCAUGGAAAGUUUUGAGUUGGUAUUUCCAUGAUUUUAUGUGGAAUAAAAUUGUACAUACUAGCUUUCUCUUUUCUAAAGCCAUAAA